CCGCUUCAAUAAAAGCAUUAUUAAGAGCAAUUCAAAUGUUGCUAUUGUUGAUCAUCUACCGAGUUAAAAAAGUUCAAAGACUUGCAAUGCUAAAAUGGACUUGCUGGAGUGCAGAAAUAUACCUACCAACCAGGGGCGGACUGACAACUCAUGGGGCCCCCGGGCAAUAGGGGAACAUGAGGCCCCCUGUGUCCUUUGCCAAACUCAAAAAAAGCCUAUGAAAAAGGUACCAGGGGCAUCUCUUGGGGCCCCCUACUGACCCCGGGCCCUCGGGCAGUGCCCGAGUUUCCAAAUGGUCAGUCCGCCCCUGCUGCCUACCUCAAACUUUUG